AUGCUUGAUGGGUCAAGCCCCCAGGCAGGAAAAAUCUGGAAGAAGGCAGUACUCACCUUCACCUAUGAUGGCAAAAAGAUGACGGAGACCUUCCUCAUCUGUAAUACUGGUAGUCAUGCGGCCAUCCUAGGUUUGAAAUGGUUAGACGCUCAUAACCCAGAAAUAGAUUGGAACACGCGCACCCUAUCCUUCCCACACACUCCGCCAGAACAUGUGGCCAUUGCCAAAGAGGAAGAAGCUGAUCAGAAUCCCCUCAAAGGAGUACCCUCCAAAUACCACCAAUACGCUAAGGUAUUUGGAGAAGAAGAAUUCAACAAGCUCCCUCCCCAUAGGCAUUACGAUAUUGGCAUUGAACUCACCGAAGAAGGCCCCCUCAACUCUCCCCUCUACAGUAUGACAGAUGCCGAGUCUGCCACACUAAAGGACUGGCUCAGGGAUGAGUUGAAAGCAGGGAAAAUCCGCCCUAGCAAAUCUUCAAUUAGUUCCCCCGUCAUGUUUGUUCCAAAGAAGGACGGUUCCCGCCGCUUGGUUGUCGACUACCGCCGCCUUAACAACCGGACAAAGAAGAAUGUAUACCCGUUACCCCGUCCAGAUGACCUUAUGGCCCAGCUCCGUGGCGCCAAAGUCUUUACCAAACUAGACCUAAGAUGGGGUUACAACAAUGUCCGAGUCAAAGAAGGUGACAAAUGGAAGACCGCCUUCCGCACCAAGUACGGCCUUUACGAGUCCCUGGUCAUGACAUUUGGUUUGACAAACGCUCCUGCUGCCUUCCAGCACUUCAUGAACAAAUUGUUCAAGGACCUCCUGGAUGUUUGCGUCAUCAUCUACCUUGAUGACAUCCUAAUUUACUCUAAGGAUGACGCAACACACACCCAGCACGUUCACGAAGUCUUACGGCGUCUCAUGGAAAAUCAACUGUUCUGUAAGGCAUCCAAAUGCACGUUCCACGUUACCUCGGUGGAAUACCUAGGAAUCAUAGUCUCGGAUAAGGGAUUCAGCCUGGAUAAGCUCAAAAUCCAGGCGGUCCAAGAAUGGCCCACCCCCACCAAGGUUAAGGAAGUCCAAUCCUUCCUUGGGUUCGCCAAUUUCCUAUGCCGGUUUGUAGCCAACUUUAGCCACAUGGCACGCCCAUUGCACAAUCUGGUUAAGAAGGACACAAUUUGGAAAUGGGAAACCAAGGAACAGGAAGCUUUCCAAGGAAUAAAGGACGCAAUUACCAAUGCCCCCGUUCUCUGCCAUGCCGACCCCACCAAACCCUACUUCCUAGAGACAGACGCUCAGGAGCUGCCCUGGGAUCCAUACUCAGCCAACAUCAGGAAGACGGCCAACUAUGACACCCAUGACAAGGAACUGUUAGCCAUCAUACGUUCCUUUGAGUAUUGGCGCAUUUUCCUGGAAGGAACCGCUCACCCUGUUACUGUAUUCACCGAUCACCGCAACUUGGAGUACUGGAAGGAGUCUCGGACAUUUAACCGUCGCCACGCUAGGUGGCACCUACUGCUAGCAGGGUAUAACUUCCAAAUCGUUUACCGCCCAGGAAAACAGUCAGGGAAACCCAAUGCACUCUCACGACGUGCUGAUCAUGCCGACAUUCCACCCGCCGCCCAGACUAUGCUCCCUAACCCUGUAUUUGCCAACGUAGCCCUAGUAACUCCCAAAAAGGAACUCCAACGCCAGAUUGAGGCUGCCUUGGACCAAGACAAAUCCCUGGAGGAAAUACUGCAAUUCCUCCAGAACAAGUCAAAGGCCCCACCAUCAAUAAAACAAGCCUUUAAGGAUUACAAAAUGGAAGCAGGCCUGCUAUUUUACCAAGGGAGAAUUGUGGUACCGGAUGCUGGAACAUUGAGAACGGACCUACUCCGCAUUUUCCACGACAGCCCUUUAGCUGGCCACCCAGGGAGACAACGUACCCUAGAACUGGUAUCCAGGAACUACUACUGGCCUGGGAUCCGCGCGGACACGUAUUGGCACGUUGACUCUUGCAAAACAUGUCAACGAAUCAGAAGGCCCAAGUAUGCAUCCAUUCCGCCGCAGCCCCUGGAACUUCCAACACGCCCCUGGCAACACGUGUCAUACGAUAUGAUAGUGGACUUGCCUAAAGACGGAAGUAACGAUUCCAUCUUGGUCAUUGUAGAUAGCUUCACAAAAUACGUCAUCCUGGUGGAGUGCUCUAAGAAACUAAAGGCACCCGAGCUAGCGGACCUGUUUCUACAACACAUAUGGAAGCGUUUUGGUAUGCCGGAGAAGACAGUCUCAGACCAAGGAAGGGUAUUCAACAACAAGUUCCUGAAGGCCUUGUACCAACGUCUGGGAAUAGACCCUCACUUUUCCUCGGCCUAUCACCCUCAAAGCGACGGACAGACAGAACGUGUAAACCCCACAGUUGAACACUUCUUAAGGGCCUACUCAGGGGUAAACCAGAAAGACUGGGUCAAGUGGUUACCAAUGGCGGAAUUUGCCUACAACAACGCAGUGCAUAGCUCAACAGGCAAAUCCCCUUUUAAGGCACUAUACGGUUGGGAACCUUCCUUAACUCCGAGUAACGUCCUGACAGACGUACCUGAGGCAGACAAUCUAGCAACCCAGAUGGAAGCACAAUGGCAGGAAAUAGAAGCGGCGCUCCGGCAAUCAAAGACACGCAUGGUAGCUGGAGAAGUGGGAGAACCACUUGAGUUCGAAAUUGGAGAAGAAGCCUGGCUAGACGCCAAAAACGUGAAGCUAAAGACCCUGAGUCCCAAGCUAACUGAACAACGCCUAGGCCCCUUCAAAGUAACCAAGAAAAUCUCCGACAGAGCAUAUCGCCUAGAGCUCCCGCCAACCAUGAGGAUCCACGAUGUCUUCUACGUGGGUCUGCUGUCAAAAGUCAAAAGGGACAAGAAGCGCAACUUUGAGAACCGGCCUCCACCUGUCACCGUGGAUGGAGAGGAAGAAUACGAGGUUGAAGGGAUCACAGACAUGGAAGAAAGGAACGGGAAGUGGUUUUUUAGGGUAAAAUGGAAAGGCUACGGAUCAGAGGAAAAUACCUGGGAACCAAGGGAGAACCUCAAAAACGCCGAAAAAAUCCUAGAAAAAUUCGAAAAAGAAAUGAAAAAGAAGGCCCUCGGCGCUGCCAAGGCCCUUAGAGGGGGGGCAGUGUUGUAG